CACACACACACACACACACACACACACACGGUAAGAUCCACCUUCACACUGAAAGCACCACUUCCACUGAGAGAGGAGCUGCAGGAGGAAUACUGGAAUACUUCCACUUCAAGCAGCUGCUGAAUCCACACACUGAACCAGAGUUUUACAAAGUGAAGUAACUUUCAGGGAACAGGGAGCGGCUGAGCGUCUGUGUUUCCUGCUUCACUCAGAGACUAAAUGGCUUCCAGAUUAGAGGAAGAUCUCUGCUGUUCUGUCUGCCAUGAAGUCUUUAAAGAUCCUGUUCUCCUGUCGUGCAGCCACAGCUUCUGUAAAGGCUGUCUGCAGAGCUGGUGGACGGAGAAACAAACACAAGAGUGUCCACUUUGUAAGAGAAGAUCUUCAAGAGAUGAACCACCUUUAAACUUGGUGUUAAAGAACCUGUGUGAGAGUUUCUUACAGGAGAGAGAUCAGAGAGCUUCAGAGGAUCUCUGCAGUCUGCACGCUGAGAAACUCAAACUCUUCUGUCUGGACCAUCAGCAGCCAGUGUGUGUCGUCUGCAGAGAUUCAGAGAAACACAGCGACCACAGAUUCAGACCCAUCGAUGAAGCUGCACGACAACACAAGAAGGAACUUCAGGAAACUCUGCAGCCCUUAAAGAAGAAGUUAGAGGCUUUAGAAGAAGUUAAAGUGAAGUCUGAUCAAACAGCAGGACACAUGAAGGUCCAGGCCCGACGCACAGAGACGCAGAUUAAGGAGCAGUUUAAGAAGCUGCACCAGUUUCUAGAAGAGGAAGAGGAGGCCAGGAUGGCUGCUCUGAGGGAGGAAGAGGAGCAGAAGAGUGUGAUGAUGAAGGAGAAGAUGGAGGCUCUGAGCAGAGAGAUAGCAGCUCUUUCACACACAGUCAGAGCCACAGAGGAGCAGCUGAGAGCUGAAGACGUCUCAUUCCUGCACAGCUACAGGACUGCAGUGCAGAGAGUCCAGCUGCAGCGCCCCCUGCUGGAGGCUCCACAGCUGCUCUCAGGAGCUCUGAUAGACCAGGCCAAACACCUGGGCAACCUCACCUUCAACAUCUGGAACAAGAUGAAGGAGAUGGUCUCCUACUCUCCUCUGAUUCUGGACCCAAACACUGCUGGUCCAGGACUCAUCCUGUCUGAAGAUCUGACCAGUGUGAGACGAGGAGAGAGACAGCAGCUUCCUGAUAAUCCAGAGAGGAUUGAGAGUCCCUGCUCUGUCCUGAGCUCUGAGGGCUUUAACUCAGGGACUCACAGCUGGGACGUCCAGGUUGGAGACAGUACAGGCUGGUCACUGGGUUUGUUAGCAGAGUCUGUCCAGAGGAAGAGAAACAUACAGUCUGAAGCAUGGAGACUAUGGUUCUAUGAUGGUGACUACGGAGCAUCCUCUCCAUCACAUCCAGUCACUGAUCUCUCAGUGCAGAAGAAGCUCCAGAGGAUCCGAGUGAAUCUGGACUGGAACAGAGGGAAGUUGUCGUUCUCUGAUGCUGACACUAACACACACAUACACACCUUCACACACACUUUCACUGAGAAGAUGUUUCCAUUUAUUUACUGUGAUGGUCAAGUGAAUAUUUCACCAGUGAAGGUCUCUGUGACUGUAGAACAUCAGAACUAGAUGAAGAUGACGAUGAUGAUGAUGAUGAUGAUGAUGAUGUUGAUGAUGAUCUGAUUAUCUGUGACUGUAGAACAUCAGAACUAGAUGAAGAUGAUGAAGAUGAUGAUGAUGAUGAUGAUGAAGAUGAAGAGAAUGAUUAUCUGUGACUGUAGAACAUCAGAACUAGAUGAUGAUGAUGAUGAUGAUGAUGAUGAAGAUGAAGAGAAUGAUUAUCUGUGACUGUAGAACAUCAGAACUAGAUGAAGAUGAUGAAGAUGAUGAAGAGUUUUUGAGCAACAUGUGACGAUGUUGUCCUGAAAACAUGUGGGAUAAAAUCGGUUUCAUUUACAGUCAAAUGUAAGACGUUAAAACUACUGACAAAGAGAAUAAAGUGAUAAAAAUCAAUAACUUUAAAGAAUCGUUUCAGAUCGUUUCAUGUCAAAGUUGACUUCAUGAUCCGAUCAGUACAUUUGUUUAUGAAUGCAGAUAUAUUCAGUUAUAGUGACACUUUGAAAUGUAGAAGGGUUUGCAGGAUCCUGAUCCAGGAAGCAGCUUCACUGAGAGAAACCUGGAUCAGUUCAACAUUAGUCUUUUAUUUCUUUAGCUUUAUUUAGUAACGUGAUCCAGAUGAACUCAGUAAAGUUGGAGCAGAAAGCAGGUUCACUGCUGUGUCUACACACAUUACUGAUGGAACAUCACAAACUACACUUCAGGGGAACUUUGUACAAUAUUUAACUAGAUUUCAUAUUUCUGCACCUGUCAAUCAGCUUGUGAUUGACAGGUCACAUGGAUGUUGGUGGUGGGAGGAGCUACGAUCACCUUGUUGAUUAUGUCUUUAAAGGGAAGUUUGUGUGUAUUUGAACUGCAGGUGAAACUUGAUCCUCGUUGAUUUGUUUGUUGGUGUAAAGUGUUAAAGACAUUUGAUUUGAUCCGUCUGUUCUUUGUAACUCAAAUGAGAUUAAAGCCUCAGCUGGAAGCUGAAAGUGUCAUGAAGCAGAAACUGAGGCUGCUUUUGUUUCUAAUGUUGUAACUUUACAAUGUAAGGCUGAAGAGUUGCUCUUAUAGUCCUCAAUAAAACGGUCACAUUCAAAGCUUUCGACAUGUUUUCUACAUCAGGCCUCAGCUUUGACAAAACAAUUCCAAAUAUUUCAAGAAACA